UCCCGCCCGGCACACUCCACCCACCCGCGGCUACUUGUGCCCCCCUCCACGGGCCGCCGGCAUUCCCGCCUUGGGCGGCCGCGGGAGCUGAGCCCGUCCUGUCCCAUCCCGGUACGGCGGUCAUGUCGCGGGGCCCUGCGGCGGUGGGGCGGCUGCUGGCGCUGCUGAUCUGUUUGAAUUAUGGACAUGGGCUCUAUGUGAAGGUUUAUAAUCGAAAUGACAGGAGUGGCCUGCUUUCUCAUCCCAGCAGCCCAGUCAGGCAGAAGCGAGAAUGGACCGUCCCUCCAGCUUUCAUUCGGGAGGAGGAGGACAAUUCCUACAAGAAUCCAAUUGCUAGAAUACAUUCAGAUCUUGAAGAUACAGGAAUAGUAGUAACUUACACUAUAUCUGGUCAAGGAGUAACAGAACCCCCUUAUGGAUUAUUUGUUAUCAAUGGAAAGACUGGUGACCUGAACAUAACAGGAAUUGUGGACAGAGAAAAGACUCCCUUUCUUCUUGUCCGAGGCCAUGCACUAGAUAAGAAUGGGGCAAAACUGGAAGAGCCAAUAGACCUCCCCAUUAAAGUUGUGGACAUUAAUGACAAUUUUCCAGUGUUUUCACAUGAAAUUUUUGUUGGUUCAGUUGAAGAAUUAAGUGAAACAGGUACAAUUGUAAUGAGGAUAAAUGCAACAGAUGCAGAUGAACCAAAUAAUCUAAAUUCCAAAAUUGCUUUCAGGAUUGUUUCCCAGAGCCCUAGUGCUGCAUUCAGCAUGGAUAAGAAUACGGGCGAGGUUCGAGUAGCAAAAAUAAACCUUGACAGAGAGACAGAAAGUAGCUAUUCUUUGGUGGUGGAAGCAAAGGAUCGUGGUGGUGAAAAAGGUGGGAAUGCUGCAACAUGUUCUUUAGAAAUCAAGAUUCUGGAUGUCAAUGACAAUCUGCCUGUGGUUGAAAGUCGUGCAUUUGAAGGAAGCAUUGAAGAAAACAGAGCAAAUGUGGAAAUUAUGCGAAUAAAAGUAUUUGACAAAGAUGAAGAGUUUUCUGAUAAUUGGCUGGCAAAUUUUACAUUUGUUUCUGGCAAUGAAGGUGGUUUUUUCAAAAUUGUAACAGAUACCCAAACAAAUGAAGGAAUUUUGACCGUUGUGAAGGAGCUGGAUUAUGAAAAAAUGCAAAGCCUAAACUUAGGCAUUGUUGUUACAAACAAAGCAGAGUUCCACAAGUCGAUUAAACCCAGUUACAAAGCAGAAACAAUUCCAAUCAAAAUUAAGGUGAUCAAUGUGCGGGAAGGCCCUGUGUUCCCUGGUGGCACAAAAAUUAUUGAAGCAAGUGAGAAACUGCAGAUAAAACAGGUUAUUGGACAGUAUCAAGCCUAUGAUGAAGACACUGGAAAAAUUGCAGAGCACAUUACAUACAUGAAAGGAAAAGAUGCAGCAAACUGGAUCACUGUAGACUCAGUCACAGGUGAAAUCCGACUUGCUAAAAAUCUUGAUUACGAAUCGCCUCAUGUAGUAAAUGGUACCUACACUAUCACCAUGUUGGGUGUGACUACUGAUUCCCCAAGGAAAACAAUCACUGGCACAGUUGUCAUUCAGGUUAAAGAUGAGAAUGAUAACUGCCCAGUUAUUGUGAACCCUGUGCAGACCGUGUGUUCAGAUGCAAAAUUAGUUGAUGUUACAGCUCAUGAUCUGGAUAGCUACCCAAACAGUUAUCCCUUCAGCUUUACUGUCAUUGAUGAGCCAGAAGGGACUGCAGAAAAAUGGAUAAUUGCAUCUGGAAAUGACACCAGCAUACAGCUGGUACCACAAAACCUGAAGCCGGGCAGAACUGAAGUUCCCUUGCUAAUAAAGGAUUUCCAAGGGGUCAGCUGUGCUCUGCCACAGUCUCUGCAGCUGACUGUCUGUGAGUGUACAGAUGAUGGUGUGUGCCAGGAGAGGUUUAUUGGUGCGAAGUCAGUGGGUCUGGGACCAGCAGCAGUUGCGCUAAUCAUCUUGGCAUUUUUACUUUUGUUGCUUGUUCCACUGUUGCUGCUGCUGUGUCCAGGUGGCUUGGGAGCAAAGGGAUUUGGUGGAGCAAAGACGUUUGCUGACAUACCAGACCACAGUGAAGCCAUGCUGCGUCAGUGGAACAGUGAAGGAGCAGCUCCUGAGGAGAAGGCAUUGCUAAGCUUCAUUCCACCCACUGCGCUUGGGAACGUGAAAGGAGGAACAACAGCAGCGGCAGCAGGAGCUGCAGCAGCAGGAAUGAGUGGAGAAGAAGCUCUAAUAGGAGCAGGCAGCUCUGUCUCUCACGUAGGAGAGCACCACAACACCAUUACCAGGGAAAGAUGGGAAGAGCAAAGGCGUCUUCUUUCUGCUGCUGACUAUGGAGCCACAGCUGGAGCAGCUGAAGGCAUGGCAGGUGUGGAUGGCAAGGCAGUCCUGUCUGGAGGAGGAGUUGCUGUGGGAGCGGCUGGAGCCAUGAAUGAAGAAUUCUUAAGAGACUACUUCAAUGAUAAAGCUGUCUCUUUUGCGGAUGAAGAUGAAGAGCAAGCUGCAAAAGACUGUCUCCUGGUUUAUUCCCAGGGAGAAUCAGGCUCCCCUCACGGCUCCGUUGGCUGCUGCAGCUUUAUUGAGGGGGAUCUUGAUGACCAUUUUCUUGAUGAUUUAGGAGACAAGUUUAAGACUCUGGCAGAAAUAUGUAUAGGUAGACAGAUCAACAUGAAAGACGGCGGCUACAAGAAUGAAUCAGGUUUUGGUCUUAGUGAAGCUAAGUCACAGUCCUUACAUCAGCAAAAUGCUUCUACCUCUGAACAAGCCUUUGCUUCAGGCAGUGGUUUCCAGUCCAUCCCACCCGUGCACACAGGCAGUGGCACAGGAGAAAGCACCCUGUCCAAGGAGGUGGUCACAGAAACAACCUUUUCAUCAUCCCAUUCUGGGCAGCACAGUGCCCAGCACCUCCCCACAGGCCACACAGGGAGCAAUGUCACUGUGAUGGAAACAUCCUAUUCUGUGGGGGCUCCUGCCCCCUCAGCCCCUGUCUUUCUAGACCCCCAGUUUAAGGAGAACGUAGUGGUGACAGAGAGAGUGCUGGCACCUGCAUCGAGCAUUCAGGGCAUGGUGAAAAUCCCUGAUUUGCCCCACGGAAGUAACGUGGUGGUUACAGAAAGGAUGGUGAAGUCGGUGGGUGCAGGGCCAGGAGCUCUGACAGUUCAGGAUCUUCCUGACUCUCAGUAUGUUGUGGUGAGGGAGCGAGAGAGGGUGCUUGUGCCUGCUGCAGAGCAGGGCUCGCUCAGCUUCCCCGCUGCGACAGAGGAGCACAGCACAGUGCUGAAUGAAAGGGUGGUGACAGCCUCGGGGCUGCAGAGCAGAGCUGAACAGGCAACAGGUGCCAGCUCAGGAAGGCAAGAGCGUGCCCUGAUCACAGACUCCUCGCUUAACCUGAUGGGCUCUGACUCACAAGGGCCAUCUCCUGCCAGUGCCACACUGAGCAAGUCUUCCAGGGUCACCAAGUACAGCACAGUGCAGUACACUCGCUCAUAGCCUGGCUCUAUGCAGGGGUGGCAGUGUCCAGCACUCUUCUGUCUGCAUGCAUCCUGCCUUGGGCUUUUCCAUGAGAUCCAAAUUUGCUGGAGCUUCCAGAUUGACAUGUACUCAUUUGCACUAAUUUGUAUAAAUAUGGAUUAUAUAGCCAGGAAGCAAAUAAGGAAAUCUGGUGUUAUGUUACAUUGGCAGGGAUGCCUUUGAAAUAGAAAGAUGUGGGAAAUACUCUUUUUUCCUGGUUUGCUAUUUUUUUUAUUGUUUAUUAUUAUACAGAUAGUGAACAAUGCCACAUAACCAGAGCUGCAUAAUUAUGGGAAAACAGGAAAAAAGUCUCCAAUCUAGUGACGGAUAGUAGCCUGCAAAGCACAAGUAAAGUUUUUGAACUGCU